AUGUCCACAAAAUCUCAAAGAGGUGUGAAUUGGAGGCCUGAAGAAGAUGAGGCAUUGUGCAAAGGGUGGGUUUCUGUCAGUGAAGAUGGGGCUAUUGGCACCAAUCAAGCAAGCGACACAUUUUGGCAACGUGUAUAUCAAAAGUUUCUGGAAAAUGAUCUGGGCAUUAGUGGAUCCGAGCGACGAACAUAUCAAGCCAUUGCUUCUCGGUUCAAGACUAUCAACCAACAGUGUUCUCUUUGGAAGGCAUGCUUGACUAAGGCCAAUACGAACCCACGAAGUGGCUCAAAUUUACAUGAUGUGGACGUUUAUGCGAAAACAAUAUUUCUUAAUGAUAAUAAGCCUCCAAAUAGGCCUUUCAAGUUGUACCAUGCUUGGGAAAUCUUAAAAGAUUGCCCAAAGUAG